AUGUCAACCGCCACUGCUGCUCCUUCUAAAACUUAUAAAGAAAUGAUUACUGAAGCCAUCAUUACUUUAAAAGAACGUAAUGGAUCUUCAAGACAAUCAUUAAAAAAAUAUGUUCAAUCAAAUAAUGAUGUUAAAGCAAAUUUUGAAUCAAAUUUUAAUUCUGCUUUACGUAAAGGUGUAACUAAUGGAGAUUUUAUUCAACCAAAAGGUCCAUCUGGUCCAGUUAAAUUGAAUAAAGAAAAAAUUGCAAGUGAAAAAAAACCAACUACUAAAAAAGUAACUAAACCAACAACUGAAGCAAAACCAAAAUCAACAAAAGCUGCUGCUACUACUACUAAAAAAUCAACUACUUCAAAAUCUAAAAAAGCUACUGCCGCUGCUACUGCUGAUGCUGAAGCUGAAGCUCCUGCCGCUAAGAAAGUUACUAAAAAAGCUGCUCCUAAAAAAGCAGCUCCAAAAAAAGUAACUAAAAAAGCUGCUGCUAAACCAAAAAAAUAA